GUUACUGUCAGUCCAAAGCUACUGCCCUCUAUCCAACAUGUCCCUUGUCAACAAGCCGAAGACCGUCGAGGCGGAGGAGACCCGCAUCCACCGCAUUCGCAUUACGCUCUCGAGCCGUAACGUGAAGAACCUGGAGAAGGUGUGCGCUGACCUCAAGCGUGGCGCCGUAGACAAGAACCUGAAGGUGUCGGGCCCCGUGCGUCUCCCCACCAAGAUCCUGCGUCUUACCACGCGCAAGUCGCCCUGUGGUGAGGGUACCAACACGUGGGACCGCUUCGAGAUGCGCAUCCACAAGCGUAUCAUCGACCUGCACGCCCCCUCGGACAUCGUGAAGCAGAUCACGUCGAUCUCGAUCGAGCCCGGUGUCGAGGUCGAGGUGACCAUCGCCGACUCCGCCUAAGCGCGUUGUCUGUGAGUGGUCUCCUGGCCUGUUCUUGCGCUGGCUAGCGCACUCCACCCAGCAGUUCGGGGCGUUGCUUGCUCCGCCUCGCGACUCGCGAGCGUAAUGGGGGAAGGAUUGUACUUAACACCUUGGAGGCGUCAAUAUAAUUCCAACCCCACGACUUUGUGGGACAUCAAACUGUGGCGCUU